AUGAAGCUUUCUCUCUUCACUCUCACCUUCGUUACCGGCACAGCCCUCGCAACCUGGGGCAGUGGCGGCGACGAGGGCGGUGAUGACAACUGCAAGGACUCCGGCGACAAGGGUGGCUGGAAGAGGCUCAUCAACGGCCGCACAUGGGGCCACGGCGGCGGAGACAAGGACUGCACCACCACCACAGAAGGAUCCGGCUACGAGACACAACCCCCCAAGGGUGAGCACACCAAGUCUCACCACAGUGGCGGCGGCGGCGGCGGACAGAUGACCUACUCCACCAUCUACGCAACAUCAACUCAGACCAUCACCUCCUGCGCGCCUGAAAUCACCGAUUGCCCCGGCGAGCAAUACACAACCGUCACAGUUGCCGUCUCAACGACGCUCUGCCCAGUCACUGAGACCUCGCCCAUCCCAGUUGUGACCCCUCCCGUCGCAACACCACCUGCUCAGACCACAUCCGUCAUCACACCAUCCUUGCCUCCUGUGGUGUCGUCUGUCAAGCCCACGACUUCCGUUGUGGUCCCACCGGCGCCGGUGACCACGCCCGCGACCUUGUCAACGCGGACCACCGGGCGGCCAAGCGCCACAAUCCCCGUCAACGGCACAACGACGGCGACUCGCCCGCCUGUCGUUACCGCCGGCGCGGCAUCCAACGGUGUCAGUGCCGGUGUGGCCCUGGCCGCCCUGUUCGCCGCCGUGAUCUGA